GGCACACGGCAAUGUGCAUGCGAGCUUCGCAGGCUGCCUUUUCAUUGAAGUCGUUUCCUCUGUACAAAAGGCGCCGGACAAACAGUUGAAUGUGUUCCCGAAGAAGAAACAUUUUUCUUCAAACGCCGUUUGGCGGCAGUCCGCCGUUACACGGGGAAAAAGCGAAUCUUUUCCCGUGACGAACAAGCGCUGGCGGUUGCAACUGCAUGUGUAGACCAGGACCUCAGUGUUCGGCAGCAGCUUUCUACGGAAAAAACAAGCGUUCCUCUCGGCUGCCGAUUCGCCUCAGUUGCUGUCUUCCCUCAACACGGCAAACCAGGCUUUAUGCCACCAUACAAGGCUAUUAAUGUUGGGUCUUCACGUGUGGGCUUGGCCUCAAGCGUGUGCUCACGACCUAGCGAGGAAAGAACGGUCCUUCCCCAGUGUACGAUAGCAAGCGAAAUUGCAGAAAACUGACAAGAUGGAUAGGAAAGGCAAAGAUGGGACGUCAGCAAAACCUAUCACCUGCAAGGCGGUCGUGUGCUUCGCCCCAGGGGAUCCUCUUCAGGUCACUGACAUUGUGGUUGCUCCUCCGAAAGAAGGAGAAGUCCGCAUUAAAAUCCUCUACGCGGCUCUCUGCCACACUGACGAGUUCGCACGAAGCGGCGUGGAUCCCGAGGUGACGUUUCCUUGCAUUCUCGGACACGAGGCCGUCGGCGUGGUUGAGAGUGUCGGCAAAAACGUAUCGACGUGUGCGGUGGGGGACCUCGUCAUUCCGUCUUUCAUGCCGGAGUGCUUUGCAGAAGAUUUCAAGGCGCGCACAUGCGCGAUGUGUGAAGGAUUCGAGAAGCACAAAACGCAUCUGUGUGGAAAGAUUCGCAGAUUCACGGCCCAGGGUGUCAUGGCAGCUGACGGCAGGCCACGCUUCUCGCUCCAGACCGAUGGAUCGCCUGUUUACCACUUCAUGGGAACUUCUGCGUUUUCGGAGUAUACUGUGAGUCACCAGGAAUCCGUGGCUGUGAUCCCUGCCAACGCACCCCCCGAGAAGGUCUGUCUCCUCGGCUGCGGUGUCGCUACAGGCUUGGGGGCCGUGUGGAAUACCGCGAACGUCGAGGCGGGGUCGACGGUAGCGGUUCUUGGGUUGGGCUGCGUCGGACUUGCAUGCGUCCAGGCCGCGCGACGACGCGGCGCAAAAGAAAUUCUUGCAGUCGACAAGAACAAAGGAAAAUUCGAGCUCGCUCGGACCAUGGGGGCGACGAAGUGCAUCGACCCAGCCGAGUACGAGGAUCGUCCGAUUCAAGAAGUAAUUGCCGAGUUGACGAAUGGCGGCGUUGACUAUGCCUUUGAGUGCGUAGGAAACCAGCACCUGAUGCGGGCGUGCCUGGAGUGUACUCACAAAGGCUGGGGAGUGGGCACCAUCGUCGGAGUAUGCGCCAAAGAAGUGUCAACGCGACCCUUCAAUCUGAUCGUCGGGCGAACGUGGAAGGGCUCCGCCUUUGGAGGCUGGCGGGUGCGCACACAUGUGCCGCAGCUCGUGCAAAUGUAUCUCGACGGUGAAAUCAAGCUAGAUGAAUUCAUAAGUCACCGCAUGGAGUUAUCAGAGGUGAAUGGGGCGAUUCGCCUGCUCCACGCUGGCGACGGCAUUCGAACCGUCCUCAAGGUGACUGCCGACUAAGACAGGGUCUGCCAUCCCACCGUGUUUUGAGCGCGCACGUACGUCAACGCACAACUUGUGCGUUUUGGAGGAAAGGAGAGAAUCGCAGCGUCGGGAAUCCCACGCAUGCGUGUUCCUCACUUCUGUAUAACUGCAACGCUGCAUGUGACGGCGCGAAAUACUUCGUUCUAGAGACAGACAGGUAAAAGACGAAUUUCCUUUUUUUGCCAGUCGAUCUUUCUUUUAAAGGGGAUCCUUGUGUGCGUUUCUUUGGAAAGAGGAGGCUUUUUGCUUCCGCACUGCGUCGACUUGUGAAAACCAACUAUUUUAAGGCUAGAAAAGAGGUAUUCAAAUGGGCAAAAGCGUCGAUGUAUGGCUGCUUGUGAACUGGUCAAAGUAGAGUACUGGCGCGAGGUGUCAAGCUCCGGUAGGCGAAACGCCCCGGGAAUCCUUUCGGCCUGAAUAAAGAGGAGACGUUUCUUUGGCAUCGGUCCCGUGGUGAAAAGAGACGG